UUUUAUGAAUAGGACCCUCGUGCUCCAGAGGCGGAUCCAAAGGCAGUCGCUUACCUAGGUACUUCGGUGUAGCAUAUAUAGCUGCAUACCUUUUUCACUGUGUCAAAGCCUCUUUACUUUUGAAGAUUCGCCGCCCUUGAAGUCUUGUUGCCGUCGAAGGCUCUCGCCGUCGAAGGUUCUCGCCGUCCAAGGCUCGUCACCGGUGAAGGCUCACCGCCGUCGAAGGCUCGCUGCUGUGGAAGGCUUUGCCGCACUCUGCCGUCGCCGAACUGUCGAAGGUUCUACCACCAUCGGUCGAAGAUUCUGAGAACAGUUCUCCUGUGUAAAUAUGGAACCCUAAGCUACAAAUGUUUUUCCUGUGUUGUUCAAACAUUUUUGAAAUGCAUUUUCAGAUUUAUGUAAGGUCAUUAAGGUUUGGGGCUGUGCUGCUUGCCUUCUUCUUUUCUUCGUCCACUCUCACAAAGUUUGGAGAGGAUAAGAAGCGAACACUAAGGAAGGUGGUCAAAGAAACUGUACAGUGCAAACAGUGCAGUUUGCCCACCCCUAGGUUUCCCCACCAUUGUUCCGUGCAUGAGUGGCAAAGAUAACAAUAAAAGGGACAGAAUGGAAGCUGCUCUUGCUGCCACUCCCUCUGAUGCUGAUGCUCCAACCAUAUUUGACAAGAUCAUCAAUAAGGAGAUUCCUUCUACUGUGGUUAUAAGGUGCUUGCCUUCAGGGACAUAACUCCUCAAGCUCCUACACAUAUUCUUAUCAUUCCUAAAGUGAAAGAUGGGUUAAGUGGUCUAUCCAAGAUAUAAACGAUGGAGUUUUGCCCCACAUGUGGUAACAUGCUGCAGUUUGAAUUGCCCUAUUUGGAUCAGCCUUCAAGAUUUUUUUGUUCUGUUUGUCCAUAUGUUUGCCACGUCAACAAUAGGGUCAAGAUCAAAAGAAAGCAAAGGUUAGUGAAAAAAGAAAUAGAGCCUAUAAUCUCCCUAGAUGACAUGAAGAAUGCUCCAAAAACUGAGGCGACAUGUCCAUAUUGUGGUCAUGGCGAAGCUGCUUUCAAAGAAUUUCAGACUAGAUCUGCUGAUGAGCCAACAACUCUAUUUUAUCGUUGCUUGAAGGACAUAUGUCAAAAACAAUGGCGCGAAGAUUGAUUUCAACCUUGUGCUAUAUAUUUUUCCUUGUCCAAGGAUAGAAAAGCUUUUGAAGUCGAUUAUAAUUGGGCUUAUAUUACAGCCAAGUGGUUUUGGAUCAUUUUAAAAUUUUUGACAAAUGAAAGCAUCUUAGUUAUUGUUAUUAUUA